GGACAAGGCUGCAGGAUGAUUCCACAGAUCAGAGAGCCGAAGAUGGGAAUGUCCCCAGGUACAUUCUCCUUCCACUUUAACAACAGACCCAUCCUUUCCUUCCGGAAUGACAACUGGCUCUGCUUUGAGGUGAAAAGAAACAAGGACAACUUACACACCCCACCUCACAGUGGGGUCUUUCAUAACCAGGGCCAUCAACAUUCUCGUUUGCACACAGAAGUGUGCUUCCUGACCUGGGUCAGGUCCCAGCUAUCUCGUGACCACUGCUACCAGGUCACCUGGUACUUGUCCUGGAGUCCCUGCGUUGACUGUGCGUUGCAAAUUGCUGACUUCCUGGACGAACAUCCAAAUGUGAACCUGACCAUCUAUGUUGCCCGCCUCUACUACUUCUGGAGACUGUAUUUCCGCUGGGGGCUGCGCAGGAUGGUUGAGCACGGGGCCCAGGUGCAUAUCAUGUCCUCUGAAGUUCCUGAGAAGGCAGGGGACACUCAGGGCUAUGCAGGGCUGGGGGAGGCUCAUGACCCGAUGAUGGGAAUAUCUCCAAAUAUAUUCUACAACCAGUUCCACAACAGAACUGGUCAGAAGGACACCUGGCUGUGCUUUGAGGUGACAGAAAAGGAGAAUAGCAACUCAUCUGGCUCCUGUCCCAGGAGUGGGGUCUUCCGAAACCAGGGCCCUCCCAGUACUCCUUGCCAUGCAGAAGUACGCUUCUUCACUUGGUUCCAGAAGGUGCUGUCCCCUGACCUCCACUACCAAGUCACCUGGUACAUAUCCUGGAGUCCCUGUGCUGACUGUGCAGAUCUUGUGGUUGAUUUUCUGGCUAAACACAGAAAUGUGAACCUGACCAUUUUCACUGCCCGCCUCUACUACCACCAUAUCCCAGAAAUGCAUUGUGGACUUCGCAGGAUGUAUGAGGAAGGGGCCCGUGUGUACAUCAUGUCUGUUAAAGAAUUUGAAUACUGUUGGGACAACUUUGUGUACAACAAGGGAAAGCAAUUUGUGCCUUGGAAUGGAUUGAAUGAAAAUUAUAAAUCCCUGGUCUCCAAGCUGAAAAAGAUUCUCGGCCUCUGAGAUGACCUGCUCCAGUCCAGGAUGGUCACCCACUGCUGCUGCUACCGAUGGAACUUGCCAGCACUCCAAACCCUUACCAAUGCCAAUGGACCUUCUGGGAGAGCAGUAGUUAAUAUUUCCCCUUUUAAUAAAACUCCCCACCUUCUCUUUGUUCUGAAUUUUAAUUUUCUCUUCCCAAAUACAACAUUAAAGGGA